UUUGGUAUAAGCCAUGUUAAUGGAAUCAAGUUUGGAGCUUCAGCCAUCUUCCUACCUACAUAUAUUUUCAUACUUUAAUUAAUGGAAAUGUAUGGAAAACUGAGAUGAGUAUAUGGCCUACAAUUCUUCAAAAUAAAAUAUGUUACUUGUGCAUGACAUCAUAUUCAAAUUGGGCUCUUCCGCACUACAGGAGCUUGGGUUGUUGUGGGGUGUCAAUGAUGAACUCGACAAACUCAAACACUCGCUUUCUGCCAUUCAAGCUGUGCUUCUCGAUGCGGAGGAGCAGCAGUCCAAGAGCCUUGCUGUCAAGGCUUGGGUUUCAAGGCUUAAGGAUGCUUUGUACGAGAUUGAUGACCUGGUGGACGAGUCCUCCUACGAAACCUUAAGAAGGCAGGUUUUGGCCAAAGAUCAGAGAAAAAGAAAACUAGUACGUAUCCUCUUUUCCAAAUUUAAAUCUAAUUGGAAAAUAGAUCACAAAAUCAAGGAUAUUAGACAGAGGCUACAAUCUAUUAAUGAUGACAAAAAUCAAUUUAGCUUUUCUGAGCAUGUGAUCGAGAAAAGAGAUGAUGAAGAGUUGAGAAAGAGACGGGAGACUUACUCUUACAUACUUGAAGAGGAAGUGAUCGGUAGGAAUGAUGACAAGGAAGUAGUCAUAGAUCUUCUAUUAAAUUCCAACAUCACAGAGGAUAUUGCAAUUGUUUCCAUUGUUGGAAUGGGAGGACUGGGAAAGACUGCCCUUGCUCAGUCUAUUUAUACCCAUCACAAUAUGACUAAUAGUGGGUUUGAAUUGAAGUUAUGGGUGUGUGUUUCUGAAGAAUUUGAUCUAAAAGUUAUUAUCCAAAAGAUGAUAGAGUCUGCAACUGGGACGAAGCCUAAGCCGUACCUUCAAAUAGAUUCAUUACAAAGUGAGCUUAGAAAGAAAAUCGAUGGAAAGAAAUACUUAUUCGUAAUGGAUGAUGUGUGGAAUGAGAAAAAAGAGGAAUGGUUACGCCUUAAAAGAUUAUUGAUGGGCGGUGCAAAGGGUAGUAGGAUUUUGAUCACAACACGGAGUGAACAAGUUGCUAAAACUUUUGACUCUACUUUCAUCCAUUUUUUACAAAUUUUGGAUGAGUACAAUUCCUGGUUAUUGUUUCAAAAAAUUACUUGUUUGGAAGGACAUCCAAGUAAUCCAGAGAAGCUUGAUCAAAGUUCAAGUUUGAUACAAAUUGGCAGGGAAAUCGUUUCAAAGCUAAAAGGUGUUCCUCUCACGAUAAGAACCAUCGGAGGACUUUUAAAAGACAAUAAAUCAAAAAGAGUUUGGUUGUCUUUCAAAGAUAAUGAACUUCAUCGAAUUUUGGGGCAAGGACAAGAUAAUCUAAAAGAAGUGCGAUUAAUUCUUGAACUCAGCUAUAAAUACCUUCCAGCUAAUUUGAAGCAAUGUUUCCUAUACUGUGCUUUGUUCCCGAAAGAUUAUGAAAUUAAAACACAUGAACUUAUACUAAUGUGGAGUGCGCAAGGUUUCAUUCAACCAAAUGGCAGCAAGGACAACAGCCUCAUUGAUAUUGGCAAUGAUUAUUUCAUGGAGUUAUUAUCACGAUCAUUUUUUCAAGAGGUUACAAAAAAUGAACGGGGAGACAUAAUAGCAUGUAAGAUGCAUGAUUUGAUGCAUGAUCUUGCUUGUUGGAUAGCAGAUAAUGAAUGCAAUGUCAUCAACAUAGGAACUCGUCACUUUUCAUGGAAAGAUCAAUAUUCUCAUAAAGAUCAACUUCUAAGAUCAUUAUCAAAGGUGACAAAUUUGAGAACAUUUUUCAUGCUAGAUUCUGCAAAUGAUUUGAAAUGGGAAUUUACAAAAAUACUUCAUGAUCAUUUGCAAUUACGAGCCUUGUAUUUCAAAAAUUUGAAGAAUGCAAUGAUCGUUUUGGAGUUUACUGGUAAGUUGAAACAUUUGAGAUAUUUGAGUAUUAUGGACUCAUUUAUUUUAAAUCUUCCAGAUUCCAUUACAGAAUUGUAUAAUUUAGAAACACUGAUCCUUCGGAAUUCCAGUUUUAAAAUGUUGCCCGAUAAUAUCGGCAAUUUGAUCAACCUCAAGCAUUUAGAUCUUUCUAAUAAUCGAAAUUUAAAAUUCCUGCCAGAUUCUAUUAGUGACUUGUGUAAAUUGGAAGAACUCAUCCUUCAUGGUUGUUUGAGAUUAGAAGAAUUCCCAGAAGAUACAAAAAAGUUGAUCAACCUUAAGCAUCUUAGCAUAUGCGGAUGUUUGAGUCUCACCUAUUUACCAAAAAGAUUGGGUGAGCUGAGUGAUCUUCAGAUAUUGAGAUUUCAGAUUAACAGAAUUGAUUAAGAUUAAAAGGAUUACAAGAGCUGAGCCAUCUAAUUCAACUCUAAGUUCUUGCAACUUAAGUCGGAUCUUCAUAAUAAAGUUGGAGCUUGCUUUUUGAAUCUUGCAAUAUUUUGAUGGUGUUUUGCUUCUAAAUAGAGAUGAGAAACACGCAGAUGCUCUGUGGAGGGACAAAGAAAAGGGAUUUAAUGAAGGAUUGUGUAGUUUAAUCAAGGCUGUGGAAAAAGACUUCCAUUCUGUACACAAGUGUAAGCUCUUCUUUUGUUCAGUCGUUUUCCUUAUGGUAAGGUGAACACUGCUUAUAAUUAAAGUUUGCGACUGCUAUCAUGUAUUCUUGGUUUUUUUUCUUUUCUUUUUGGAAUGAAUUUCUAUUGAGAUAUAUAGUGUAUCUCGUGUUUCGUCUUUGUAUGUCGUUUCGUUUCUUGUCGAAAGAAAUACAUUAUUAUUGGAUGUUUUUCAAUUGUAUAUUUUGUUAUA